AAAGCCAGUUCCUCUUACCAUCGUCUGUAAGGCAGUUUAUUUUUGCAAAGUAGUUUAUUAGUACAGUUUGCUUGAAGUCCCAGUGAUUCAUGAUUGUGGAUACUAAUUCUGCAAGCCCUGUGGUAACUGAAAUAAUAGAAAAACCCUCCCAUCGAAAAUAUAGUAAGGGACUUUCUACUAAGAGUUACAGAGUGAAUCGACUGCUGGCUUGGCUGAUAAGAGUUUCAAGAUCCAAAGAGUGAAGGUGUAAGCAAACAAGCAGGAAAGAAACUGCAGGGAGAAGGCAGAGAUGCAGAACCUGUGUGCCACAAAUGGGAGAACAGAACAGUGCUGUGGGGAGCACAGACGGAGACUGGAGUUGUUCUGUCAGGAAGAUGAGGCCUUUAUCUGUGUCCUGUGUGUUCCCAAGCAUUCUGGUCACAAUUUUGUGUUCCUGCAUGAUGCAGUUAGUGUGUAUAAGGGCAAGUUGGAAACGGCUUUAUCCUCUCUAGAGUCAAGAGUGGAUGAACUACUAUAUUUGCUCAACAAGCAGGAGAAAGAAAUCCUAGAUAUACAAGAAGAUACUUUUAGUUUGGAACAACGUAUUAAACAAGAAUUUGCAAAACUGCACCAGUUUCUCCAGGACAAGGAACAAGAACUUAUCCAGAGGCUUGAGGAAGAAGUAGAAGCCUUCAAACAAAUGGACGAAAAACUUGAAUAUGUGAAACAUGAGAUUACUGCUUCUGACACGGAAGUGUGUGAUGAUGAUUUGGAGCUCGCAAAUAAGGAUGCAGUGACUCUGAAAGAGGAAGACAGAUCUGAGUGCAUUAAAAAUAGUGUUAAGGCCAAUAAAUUGGAGGACAGAAAACAGGGUCUUGUUUCUCAUAAAGUUCCGGAAACUUUUCAGGAUGUUACUUUCCCCAAAGGGGAGUGGAAGAAGUUAAGAAAACAUGAUGAGGAAAUGUACAGAGAAGUGAUGGUACAGAGCUGUGCAGCUAUGGUUUCAGUAGGUACCGGAAGCACAGAAUUCAAAUUGAGAUGCAGUCAGCAGCCGUCACAUGACAGAUCAGAGUUAUAUCACCCAACAGAAAGCAUGCAGCAAUAUUUUCAGCCUGUGAAAGGCUACAGUAAGCUUAAUGCCACUCCAGUAAUUAAGCAUUACUCAGGACGUGACCACAGCAAGAGCUCUGAAUGUGACAAUGGAACAUCUUCAUUACAUCGCCCAACAGAAAAACUGAAGCAGUGUGCGCAGCCUUUGGAUAUCUGUGACAACCUUCAUACCAGUUCUGUGGCACUACAAUCAAAAGAUAAAUGCAGCAUGGACUGUGAAAGUGACAGUGCAACAUCUCCAGGAUAUCACCCGACUGAGGACAUGCAGCAGUGUGCUCAUCCUGUGAAGAACUAUGACAAGGUUCAUCGCACUCCUGGACCUCUGCUUUCCUCGGAGGAUAACUGCAGCCAAAGCUCUGACUCUGACAAUGGAACAUCUCCAGAACAUCACCUGACAGAGAACCUGCAGCAGUGUGCUCAGCCUGUGAAGGGAUACAAACUUCAUGUCAGUCAUGUAAACCCUAUAGAACAGCUUUACCGCAGCAAGACCUCUGAAUGUGACACAAGUUUUACUGUACAAAGUCCAGGAGUACAUCCGAGAUCUCGCCCAUGGAAGAAACAGUAUAAAUGUACAGAAUGCAAUAAGUGUUUCACAUGCCUUAGUAGUCUUCAGUACCAUUAUGCCAUUCACACGGGAGACAGACCAUAUAACUGUAGUGAAUGUGGUAAAGGCUUUUCAAGCAAGGGAAAACUAAAAUCCCAUCAGAAGUGUCACAUGGGGAAUAAACCAUACAAAUGUGAUGAAUGUGAUAAGUCUUUCGCAUGGGUCAGUAAUCUUCAUACUCAUCGGGCCACACACACAGGUGCAAAACCAUAUAAAUGCACUGAAUGCAGCAAGUCUUUUAAACAAAAGGCACAUCUAAAAUACCAUCAGAACUGUCAUGCAGGGAUAAAACAGUAUAAAUGUCCUGAAUGCAGUAAAUCUUUUGCACAUCUCUGUAGCCUUCAAAGGCAUGUUGUCAUUCACACAGGAGAAAAGCCAUAUAAAUGUACUGAAUGUGGUAAAAGUUAUAUACAGCUCAGUGGACUUCGAAAGCAUCAGAUUGUCCAUACAGGACAGAGACCAUAUAAAUGUACUGAAUGCAGUAAGUGCUUCUCAACUGUCAGUACUCUACAGCAGCAUCAAACCCUUCACUCGGGUGAGAAACCGUAUAAAUGUACUGAAUGCAGUAAAUGCUUUGCAUUUAAGGGAUACCUAACGCGUCACCAGAGCUGUCACACAGGGAAUAAACCAUAUAAAUGUCCUGACUGCAGUAAAUGUUUUACGCGAAAGGAACACUUAAAACUCCAUCAGCGGUAUCACAUGGGGAGUAAUAAAACAAACACUAAGGACGACUCCGAAAAUCGGUUUGAUCGGCUGGGGAAUGCAUUCACUUGGCCGUGUGAAGAUCUUCAGAGUAAUUCUGGCAACAAUGGACAACAGCAUAAUACUGCUGUUCCUCCACCAGAUGGCAGUAUUACGUCGUCUGUUACUUAUCUUGAUGUGGAGGCUCAACGGUCGGAAGAAGGGCAAAGUUCAUCUUCGUUUAUCUGUGAAGAAGCUCCUGUUAAAGACUUAGGAGCUCAUAAGAAAGUUAUUGUUACAACUGCACAGGUACAUCAAUCCAGUAAAUCGCCUGUUGUUAAUGGUAACACUACUGUAGACAAUUCUUUUCGUCUAAAUACUCACUACGAUCUUCUUUUUCCGCUCCCAGUAAAGGAGCAGAGUUAUCAGUAUUUGAAAGAACAUCAACGUGGAUGGAGGCAGAGACGCAACAAACGGAAAUUAGAAGUUAUUCCAAAUUCAGAUGGCAUCAAUAGUAUGAUGCAAUUCUUAAAGGCGCACAUGGAUUACAGUCCCAGUAAAAUUCAACUGUUGGGGAAACUUCUUGAAAUAGUACUUGAGCAUAACAUUUUUGUUUUUGGAGAACAGACUUCAGUGGAUUUUUUGGAUGUAUUAGUAAUAAAAGAUGGGAAUGGAGUUAUAUAUACUAAACUACACAGAAAGGACUGUUAUGUUAAUCAUCUAUUGCAUAGAGACAGUCUUCAUCCAUCUUAUGUAUUCAGAAAUGUUGCCUCUAACCAGUUGUAUAGGGCUUCUAGAUUAAAUGCAAGGGAUACUGAUUUUUCAGCUGAGGUUGAUACUACCAUUAGGAACUUGAGGGAGAGAGGCUAUGAGGAUCAUAUAAUUCAAAGUAGUGUGGUUAAUGUCAGUAAUAAAAGACAAAAUGAAGCCAGACUAUAUUUUUCAUCUGGCAGUAGUGAGUAUGUUAGGAGACAGAAGAGAUCCAAUGACACAAAUUUGAAGUUUAAGGUGACAUAUACUACUGAUAUUAGUAAUUAUAGUGAAAUCAUUAAAAGACACUGGAAAGUUCUUACUACAGACAGAGAAAUUUCCAGAUUUAUAGAUUUUGAACCUAGAUUCUUGUUUAAGAACAAUAAGUCAUUGAAACGUAGGUUAUGCUAUCCUAAGUAUACACAGCGUAAUUACUGUUCACAUGGUACUAGACCUUGUGGACAUUGUAAUUGGUGCACAUACAUUGACACUAGCUCUAGUUUUGAACAUCCUGAUUAUGGUAUAUCAUAUACUUUUAAAAUAAAUGCUACUUGUGAUACUUCACACAUAGUAUAUUUGGCUCACUGUAUGAAAAGUAGAAUGUUCUACAAUGGUAAAACCGAUCGUCCUUUUAGAGAACGCAUCAGGGAGCAUGUUUACCAUAUUAACAAGGGCAAUAGUAUUAAUGCACUUGCCAAACAUGUAUUGAACACUGACUCCACUCACAGUUUUCAGUUUUUAGUAGUUGCUAGAGUCUAUGAGAAUGUGAGACAAGGGGAUAUACCUGUCUGCAGGCUCAUAAUGGUUCGAAGAUCUCGGAGAGAGAAGCUAGAGCACACAAGGCAGGAAACAGGCUAUAAACAGAGAGAAGAGACGCACAAUCUGUGUGCUACAAAUGGGAAAACAGAAAAGUGCUGCAGGGAUCACAGGCAGAGACUGGAGCUGUUCUGCCAGGAGGAUGAGACCUUUAUCUGUGACCUGUGUGUUCCAAGGCAUUCCGAUCAUAGUUCUGUAUUUAUGCAUGAAGCAAUCAGCACUUACAAGGACAACCUGAAAACAGCUUUAACAUCCUUAGAAUCUAAACUGAAAGAUCUUAAACACUUGCAGGACAAGCAGGAGAAGGAAACCCCAGACCUACAAGUAAAUAAGAAAGGUGCUUUUAGUUUGGAAAGAGACAUUAAACAAGAAUUUAUAAAACUGCAUCAGGUUCUUGAAAACAAGAAACAAAAUCUCAUCCAGCAGCUUAAGAAUGAAGCAAAUAUGCUGAAAGGUACAAAAGAAAGCCUUGAUCACAUUAAGCAGAACAUUAUUACCUACCACACGGAUGUGAAUGACACUAACUUGGAGCUCAAGAGUGAAGAAGUAGGAACUCUGAACGAGACUAAAGAAAAAUAUGAAUGCAUUAAAAAUGGUGUUAUAGACACUCGAGAUACAUUGCCUGACAAUAACAAGGAAUUUACAAAGCAGAAACCUGAUGGAUUGUUAACUGAAGGCAUUUUUAGUUUGGAACAGUACAUUACACAAGAAUUUGCAAAACUUCAUCAGUUUCUCCAAGACAAGGAACAACAACUCAUCCAGCAGGUUAAGAAUCUAAAAUCAAGCAUUCUCGAAGCGAUGGAAAAGAAUCUUGAAUGCAUUAAGAAUGAGACUGUUACAAACCACGUGACAGCCACUGAUGGUGACUUGGAGCUCAAGCUGAAAGAAGAAGAAAUUCUGAAACAGAUGAAAGAAAACUUUGAAUUCUUUAAAAAUUAUGCUGUUGUCAUUGAGAAGACAUCAUCAGACAUUAAGGUGGAGUUCAAACACAAACCUGUUAGUUUGCUUGCAGUACCAGAAACAUUUGAGGAUGUUGCUGUAACUUUCUCAGAAGAGGAAUGGAAGAUGUUAAACAAGCAGGAUAAAGAGCUUCACAAGGAAGUAAUGAUACAGAACUAUGAAGCCAUGAUUUCUGUAGGAUACAAAAUUCCUCUAGACCUGUUAUUGCUGCUAAUAAAAUCAGAUGAUCAAGUGCCAAAGGAUGAUGCAGAAUGGAAAAACACAACAGAAAUGAAACAGGAUCAUCUUAAAGAAUGCCUCUAUAGUAGUGGAAGCACAGAAUACAGUGCGAGUCGCAAUCAGCAGGCAUCACUUGAAACACCCAAGUUACAUCGGCUAACAGAGAAAUUACAGCAUCGUGUUGGGCCUAAGAACAGCUAUGACAAGCUUUAUCCCGGUCCAUUACCACAACCUCAUUCAGCGUAUAAGUGGAACAUAAGCUCUGACCAUGACACAAGUCAAAAAGCUCUCACAGAGAUGAAGCCAUUUAAAUGUGCUGCUUGUAGUAAAUGUUUUGCACAUCGUAGUAGUCUUCGAAGGCACCGGUCUACUCACACGGGUGAGAAACCAUAUAAAUGUCCAGAAUGCAGUAAGUGUUUUAGCCAAAAGAGACACCUAAAAUCCCAUCAGUACUCUCACACGGGGUAUAAACCUCAUAAAUGUGCUGAAUGCAGCAAGUGUUUUUCAUGGAAGCGUGACCUGAUACGUCAUCAGUUUACUCACCUUGGAGUAAAACCAUACAAGUGUGAUCAGUGCAGUAAACCUUUCUCACGUCUGAGAUACCUUCAACAGCACCAAACCAUUCAUACAGGCCAGAAACCGUAUAAAUGUAUUGAAUGUGGCAAGUGUUUUAGAGAAAAGCAACAGCUAAAAUACCAUCAGAACAGUCACACUGGGAAUCGACCAUACAAGUGUGUUGAAUGCAGCAAGUGUUUUCUACAGAAAUGUGCUUUGGUAUUACAUCAACUUACACAUACGGGGGAAAAGCCUUACAAAUGUGCUCAGUGUGGUAAAUCAUUCGCACGCAUUGAUAACCUUCGACAACACCAGGCCAUUCACACAUUUGAGAAACCAUACAAAUGCACUGAAUGUAGUAAGUGUUUCAGAGAAAAGAAACACUUGAAAAACCAUCAUAAAACUCAUUUAGGGAAUAAACCAUAUGCAUGCACUGAAUGUAACAAGUGUUUUUCCCAGAAGAGCAACUUACAGUAUCACCAACUUAGUCACACGGAGGGAAAAUAUAAAUGUGAUAAAUGUAAUAAGUCUUUCACAUGUCUUGAAAGUCUUCAACUGCAUACUGCCAGUCAUGCAGGAGAAAAGCCAUAUAAAUGUGGUCAGUGCAGUAAAUCGUUUUCACGAGUUGAUAACCUUCGGCAGCAUCAGGUGAUUCAUGUGGGAAAAAAGCCAUACAAAUGUACUAAAUGUGAUAAAUGUUUUUCACAUAGCAAUAGUUUGAUGCGCCAUAAUGUUGUUCACACUGGAGAGAGGCCAUAUAAAUGUAAUGAAUGCAGUAAGUGUUUUUCACAUAGCAAUAGUCUGAUGCGCCAUCAAGUUGUUCACACUGGAGAGAGGCCGUAUAAAUGCACUGAAUGCAGUAAGAGCUUUUCACAGAGAAGUAGUUUGUUGCGCCAUUAUAUUGUUCACACAGAUAUGAGUAAUAAAAGCAACACCCAGCAAUAAUA